AUGGGAAGGGCUAAGAGUUUUGCUGGAUUUGUUUCAACACAUGGUCAUCAUAGAGGUGUCAAAACCCGGCAACAUCGACCAAACCGUGUAUUUUAUAGCCCGACUGGAGCUUUGCCACAUGUCAAUGCAGAAUCUAGGAAAGAAACCAUAACAAUGCUUCAACUUCUGUUAGAUAUCUGUUUUGUAGAACAACCUCGUACAAGUGAAGAAGUGAAUGCAUGGAAUUAUAAUAAUCCAGAGAUUGAUGGAUUAAAUAAUGGAGCCCAGAUAUUGACACUUGAUCUUGAGUCGGACAGGAAAAAUAUACAGGAUAAUGAUUAUAUUUUCCUGCAUAUUCAUGACGCUGAUGAACUCAAUUACUUGAAAAUAUUGGGAAUUCUGGUAACGCCUGAAAAUGUGUCAGAGCUCUUAUCAGAUUUCAGAGAUCAUGUAACCAAUGCCGAAAACUACAUCGGGCUGACGCCUCAUAGAAACUCCAUAUCUACAGAUGUUUUAAUAGCUGCCAUACUUCGAAGAGAAAAUGUAACGGAUGCAUCACGAAAGCAGCGAAACUAUAAACAUAUGCUACGGAAAAUGUUGAAGUUUUGGAAGAAGUCUGAAAAUGAAGCUCGUUCCUGUGGCGUCAGUUUUGAAUCCAACCACUCGGCAACAUCGUCGGACCUGUUUCCCUUGCGAACUCAGACAGUCCAAGAAGACGACGUGCCAUUUUUCAACAGUUCAACGGAUGAUUUUCCUUCAACGAAGAGGAAGCGAUCAUGGUUCAAACAGCGCGCCAUAAAGAAUUUCUUCCAGAUACAAAAAGAUUCGUAA